AUGCACGCUUCUACACUCCUUCCGGCCUUGGGUCUUUUCGCCCAGCUUAGCACCGCAGGAUACACUCUGCUGGAUGACUAUGGCACCGACUCGUCGUUUUUCGACAAGUUCGAGUUUUACACGGAUACCGACCCCACCAACGGCUACGUGAACUACGUCGAUAACUCCACCGCCUCUAAUGACGGUCUGAUCGGUGCCUCCGGUAGCUCUGUCUACAUCGGUGUAGACCACACCAAUGUCGCCAGCGGUAAUGGUCGCAACAGCGUCCGCCUGACCAGCAAGAACACCUACACUGAGGGUCUGGUGAUCUUGGAUCUGGAACACAUGCCCGCUAGCACCUGCGGCACCUGGCCCGCUUUCUGGAUGCUCGGCUCCAACUGGCCCAACAAUGGCGAAAUCGACAUCAUCGAGGGCGUCAAUCAGGAUACUACCAACCAGAUGACCCUGCAUACCAGCGACGGUUGCUCAAUCUCCAACUCGGGCUUCACCGGUACCCUUGACACUAGCAACUGCUACGUUGAGGCUUCGGGCCAGACCGCCAACUCCGGCUGCGCUAUCGUCAACACGGACGACUCGUCCUAUGGCGACGGUUUCAACAAGGCUGAUGGUGGUGUGUACGCAACUGAGUGGACCGGCGACGCUAUCAACGUCUGGUACUUUGCCAAUGCAAGCAUCCCCUCCGACAUCAACAGCGGUAGUCCCGAUCCUUCGGGCUGGGGUACCCCCGCCGCCAGAUUCUCCGGAGACUGCGACAUCAGCUCGCACUUUAAGGACCUCCAGAUCGUCUUCGACAUCACCUUCUGCGGCGACUGGGCCGGCGAUGUCUGGUCCAGCGGCUCGUGCUCCUCCUACGCUAGCACCUGCGACUCUUACGUCCAGAACAACCCCUCCGCCUUUGAGGGUACCCACUGGAGCAUCAACUCCCUCAAGGUCUACCAGGAUAGCUCUAGCUCUUCCAAGCGCGAUGAAGUUCCCCAUGCUGAUGAAGUUCCCCAUGCCCACGCUGCUGCUCACGCCAACUCCCGCCGCACAGCCCACCACAUCCGCCCUGCUCCCCGUCCGGCCUGGAAGCACCGCCGUGAUGGAUACAAGCACGGAUCCGGCUUCUAG